AUGGAGCACGCGCCCGGUGCCGCGGACGAGCUCGCAGCCGCUCUCCGGCUCCUCCGGGCCAGGGCGAUCCGUGGCGGGCACCCGCGGAGGGUGCGCUUCGCCGACGAGCCCCCGGGGGGCGUCCUCUCCGAGGUGCAGGACCUGCACGAAGAUGUCUUCAGCUACAGGGAGGCCCUGGAGUUUGCUGGCGCCCAGGCGAUGGACAUGUUCAGGCAGAAUGUGGCGCCAAUACUUGAGGAGUGUCUCUCGCGGUUUGUGGGCAUUCAGGACGAGGAGGAGUGGCUUCGUGCUGCGAGUGACCUGAAGGAUGAGAUCGAUCAAGACACCAUGGUCACUCUGGUUGCAUGUUGCGAGAAUUGUGUCAGCAGCCUGGCCGUAGAAGCGGCAGGAUACGUCCUUGCAUCCGUGGGCAACGAAAGACCAGAGCAUCUGGUGAGCGUCGUUGAGAGUGGAGGGGUUAUGCUCAUAUCGAGGGCUUUGGCCAUGGACACCAACGCAGGACUUGGAAAUGUGGCGAGACGUGUUCGAGAUGUUUCUUUGGAAGUGAUCAGCAAAGCCGUGGACCCGAACGGUGAUCAUUGCGGAUCAGUGCGCGAACGUGUGGCGGCAGUUGCCUCUUCUGACGGAGACAAAUUGAUUUCUGGUUUGUUGGCAGAGCUCGAUCAUGAAUCAGGAAAUGCCGUCACAGCGCUGGCUGGCAUCGUGAGAGCAGCGCCCGAGUUGCGAAACGGCUUGCGGGUUGAAGCCCUGGAGCCCCUUCUUGCAGGCAUGAACGCUACAAGCGAUGCAAAGCGUUGCGGACAGCUGCUGGAUGUGCUGGUGGGUCUGGCCUCUGAAGCAUCUGCAGAGCGCAUAUUCCUAGCAGCACUGGAGGCCUUGGGCACGUUCCCGAAGAACGUCAAGGUGCAAGUGAGCGGUCUCGCCUGCCUGCAGGCUUGCCUGUUACGGAGGGCCUGUACAGCCGAGUCUGCAUGCCAGGGCUUUGAGGCGGUGCUCCAUGCAAUGCGGCUUCUGAAGGGCGUCCCAGCUGCGCAGCGAAUGGGCCUCAAGGCCCUCAGGGGACUGGCGUCCGCGGCACUGAGCCCGGAAACCGCUCGUGAGGCCGCUGACGUGGUGUCCACGGCAGCCCAGAAGUGCCACAAAAUGCCAGAGGCGUUGAACGAUGCCUCUGAGGUGCUGUCGGCGAUAGCGAGCAAGUCUGGCCGCCACGAAGAUGCGGUCCGCGACGCGCGGAGUGCUCUGCCCGGCGCCCCGCAGGCGACCGCCCAGGCCUCCUCGGCCGAGCCACCCCCGAGAAACGCCGGGGAGGAGAGGGCCGAGGCCGAGGGGGAGGGGAGGGCCGCCGGGCAGGAGGCCGCCGGGGCGCCCGACGGGCGCGCGGGGGCGCCGCCACCCGCGGAGCUGUCCUCGGAGGAGCUCGCCAAGCUGAGCAAGGAGGAGCGGAAGGCCUACCACCAGGGGCGGCGAGCGGCUCGGUCGGCGGGGGAGGCCGAGAGGCCGCCCGCCGCGCAGCUGACCAGGGCGCAGCGGCGCGCCGUCCAGGAGGCGCAGAGGAGGGCGAAGGAGGACACGAAGAGCGCCUCCGCGGACAGUGAGGAGCUGCUGAAGGAGCUGAGGAUGCAGGGCCUCUCCGAGGAGCAGGCGAGGAGCGUGAUGGCCGAGAUGCACAGGGGGGGCGCCGCUGCAGACGCCGCGGAGGACGAGGACGAGGACGCGGAGCCACAGGACCUGCCGGGCAGCGUCUGGAGGUGGAUGCGCGAGCAGAAGGACGAGGAGAUCACCGAGGAGUCGAUACGUGACUUCAACAUGAAGGUGCGCUUCCAGGGCCACGUGGACUCGACCCCGCCGGACCACCUCCGGUGCAUCCUCGGGGCGGUGGUCCGGGAGGCGUGCGCGGGCUGCGACCUGGCGGCCUCCAGGCUGCAGCCCGGGGCGGUGGCGCAGAGGGUGCGGCCGGGCGUGGAGAGGUGGGCGCCUCUCCUGGAGGUCCUCUUCGGCAAGGUCAACGACGCCCUGGAGGGCGCCGACGCCGUCAUCCAGGGCGUCGAGGCCGGCAUCUCGGCCUGCCAGGCGGGCGUGCCUCCGGCGGGCCUCGCGUGCGGCUUGGUCGGCAGCCUGAUGGCGAUCCGGGAGAUCGACGUGAUUGACGACGAGGACCUCCGGGGACCUGCUGGCAGGGUGCCGACGUGCAUCGAGCAAGGGGAAGGUGAUGGAGAAGUUCAUCGAGUUCCUCGAGGAGGCGCUGGACGACGACCAGGACGACGACUGACGCGGGCCAGGGGCAGCCGGCGCGUGGCAUCUCUCCGCUCGCCCGGGGCGCCGCCCCAGGCGCCCGCUCGAGAUGGCGCCCCAACUCGCCUGCUCGGCAGCCUGGCGGGCGAGCAGGCGCCGUUGGGCGUGGCAGCGCGGCGCCCAGCUGGGUAA